AGCUGUGGUGCAAAAACGCAGCAAGGGCCGUAGGAAUACAACAGCACUUGAGGACAGUUUUGGAUCCUCCUCUUUUCCAUCACCCCAUCCACACACCAUGACCGAAGUAGGACAAAAGAAGCAAAAGAAAAAGGGUACCAAGAUGGCCCUGAGUGACUUCUUGUCGGAUCCCUCCACGGGAUCCUGGGCUGACGAGAUGGACGAUUUGCCUUCUGCCCCUGCUGCUGCCAGUCAAGAUAGCUACCGCUCCGGUGGAUUCGGUGACGACCGCGGCAGUCGUGGCUUCUCGAGCCGUGGUGGAUACGGAGACCGAGAGGAGAGAGACUCGCGCUUCGCACCCCGCGCUCCCGUCGAACUCCCCACUCGUCCCCCAUACACUAUCCAUCUUGGCAACCUGCCCUUCGAUGCCACCGAGUCUGACAUUGAGGGCUUCUUCCUUGAGUCCACUAUCACUAGCAUUCGCAUUAUGAAGGACUUUGAGGACAAGCCCAAAGGAUUCGGCUAUGUCGAGUUUGAGAGUCUGGAUUCGCUGAAGAAGGCAUUGGAGAACAACGGCCAGAGUCUGUGCGGCAGAAACGUCCGUGUCAGUGUUGCGGAGCCUCCCCGUGAGCGCGAGAUCCGUGAGGACCGCACCACUGGAGAGUGGCGUCGUGCUGACCCUAUUGCUCCUGUAGGAGGCCGUUUUGGCAAUGACCGCGGAAAUGACCGCAGUGGUGACCGCAGUGGUGACCGCAGUGGUGACCGCUUUGGCGGCGAUCGUGGCGAUCGCGGUGACCGUGGUGAGCGUCGCGACUUUGGAUCACGCUUCAAUAACUCGGAGCGUCCCCCAGACCGCACUGCCGUCAACAGUUGGAGACGCGAUGAGCCUUUGCCUCCAAGUGAGACUCGUCCUGGCUGGGAGAAGCCCAAGGAGCGCGAGUCCUCCUGGGGUCGUUCCGCUCCAGCAGGAGCCUCAGCAGGAGCACCAGCAGCAGCCCCUGCGGCCCGCAAAAAGUUGGAGCUCAAGCCGCGCAGUGCUGAUGCCCCAGCUCCAGCAGCAUCUGGUGAACCCAAGGCUAACAAGUCCAGCCCCUUUGGCGCCGCCAGGCCCAUUGACAACGAUGAGGCCAUUCGUCGCGUCGAAGAGAAGCUGAAGCAGGAGCAGCAGGAGAAGAAAGAAGCCGCUGAGAAGGCUCGCAAGGAUAAGAAGCCCGCUGCCCAUGCCAAGGGUGAGGAGGCUGCGGAGGAGAAGAAGGAGGAAGAGACCGAGGUCAAGGCCUAAGAGACACCUUUUGUUUUCAAUAUUUAGACCUGCACUUUUCAAAAAAAAAAAAAAAAA